AUGGAACAACCAAUCAACUCCGUCCACAAUGGUAGUAACUCGCUGGACAACCUGGAACAUUUGUUAAAGGAAGCUGAGGAGAAUUGGCAAGUAUUGAUGGCUAAAGACUCUGUUAGCGCCUUGGAUAUUGCGCUUCCAUUCUUGGAUCGAACAUCCGUAGGAAUGGCUUCUCAGUACCCUGAGUUUAAAGAGCUAGAGAGGAACCUAUUCAAUGGAUUGCAGAAUGUGGUCUUUGAGAAUUUCAACGCUUUCAAUGAUAGCGUGGCAGCGUACCAGGUCACUCGUGAAAAGAUUGGCAAAUCACAAAAUAUAAUAAAGGAAAUCAAUGGGACAUUAGAACAGUCGGGAAAGGAUAUCAUGAGCAACAAAGAGAUUCUGAAAGAAUUAAAUAAUAAUUCUCAGAAGUACGAGCAAAUCAUUGAAACUCUAGACCAGAUUGAAAUUUUGCGUAAGAAGAAUGUUGAGAUUGAGGCGUUGAUAGAUAAAAAGGCCUUUUACAAAGUUGAGAGAUUACUAGCAGAAUCUUGGGACAUAUGCAAUCAGUAUAAUCUCAAUGAACUGGAAUCAUUGUCUCAUAUUAAAGAGAAUUUGGAGGUCCAAUCAAACAAUUUGGUUGAACUUGUUGUGGAAGAACUGCAUAGCAUAAUAUAUUUGAAGAAUAUCAAACGACAAGAAGAGACCCACGAGGAACUGAAAACUUAUAAAAAAAUUAAGGACUUCCUUUUCAAAUUCGAAAACAACUAUAAUUUUUUUGACAUGAUUAACAAGGAAGUCGCUUUCAUCGAUAAUGAUUAUGAGUAUGUUUAUUUACUUUUAAAAACGCUGAAGAAUUUGAACAGUCUGGAUGAGACCUUGAACUCUUUGAAAUCAAGAUUGUCCACGGAGCUACAAUUCCUGUUCAACUCUAUCCAAGAAGAAAUCAAGUCUUCUAACGGUAAAAAUAUCCAAGUUGCCAAUUUGGAUAUGACUGAUUUGGACUCUUUUGGAAUAAGCGAUAUUGGAAACAGCGUCUUGCAGUCAUUUUUCAGUCGAAUCUUUAAUAGGUGCUGCCAUGUUCUUGAGUUUCUACUGGUCACUUAUAAGAUCAGUGAAAUAGUCUCAGAAAACAGCAACUGCAAAUUGAACUUUCAAUUUUCAGACUUAUGGGAUAUAUUUUCAGCAGAGAUUAGUAAUUUGAUGUUAGCGUAUAUCAGCAAGAGUGAGUCAAGUGACAAAUCUCAACACAGCAAUGACAAACACAUGUUUCAGUUCAAUUCCUUAGAUUUCAAGAACACCAAAGCUGAAACAUUCUCUAUUGAUCUGCAAUCUAUUCUACAGGAUUUGUUCCCAAAUUAUGAUCUGAAAAAUCCAAUAACUAACUCUGUUUACAUUAAAGAUGACUUUUCAGUGAACAAGACUACACUAAUACCUCCAAAUGUGUUCAAUAUGAGUGUCAUCUUAAACAAUCUCCUUCAGUUUAUUCAUUUAUCACUUCAACUGGUUUCCAUUGUUGCGAAUGAGAAGAUUGACCCUGCAUUACUUUGUGAUCGGUUUAUGGAGACUGCUUUUCUUCCUAGACUUCAGCACUUGUUAGAUGGUAUCUUUCAGUCUCUCUUCAAGGAUGGGACAGUUGACACUGAGUCCUAUCACAAUGUUUUCAAAACUUUUUUUAGCAAAGUUUGUGAUAUUCUGAACACAUCAAUUAUAUACAAGUCAGAAUACGUGAGAAUAAUUCUGAAAUUGUUAAAUAAAAUGUCAAGCCUUUACUCAGAGUGCUUCAAUAAGCAUUUUGGAGGCACAGGAAAGAAUACAAAGACUGUGCAGUUAGUGGUGAACAGUUCUUUGAGAAACGCAAGCAAGAUCCAAGACUUUGCAGCAGAAACAUCUAUUCUACUAUCCAACAAUUUUAUGGGACAAGUUACUACAAGAGAUUUUUUAACUGACGAAGAGCUCACUCAACUUAUCAAACUCUUGACCAGUAUAGAUAGAAUGCUAGAGUGGCUACUUCCUAUGAGGAGAGUAGGGUCCUCCUUAAAUCAGGAUCACAGUAAUGACAAUGAUGAAAAGGUAGACUUUUUGAAGGAUAAAUGGUUAUUUCUUGAGGGUUCCCCUAUUUCAACUGUACUGCUGACGUUCUCCAAAGACUCGGUAGUAGAAUUCGAUUCACAGGUUGAUACCUUCUACAAGUUGAUGACGGAUAUUAAGUUGAUCCUCCGAUAUGAUUUAAGGUUGAAAAUUGGGUACUUUGUAUCUCAAAUGUUUCUCACAGAAACCUGGCUGCUUCCUUAUGAGAGAAACCGACCAAGUUUGCUGAUUGAAUCAUUGAAUAAGAAAAUACUUCAAAUCGAUCAUCUACUGACUAAUCGGGAUUAUAAGACGUUUGUCUUCCAGGGAGUAUCGUCCUUUGCAAAUAAGCUGUUUAUUAAAGGAGCUUCUGAUAUCGUGGCCUUAAACGAACAUGGUAUUGGCAAGCUUUACUCCAAUAUCAUAAUUCUGCAACAAGUCUUACGAACACUUGUUGAUGAUCCCGAUGAAAUUAACUUCAGUUCAUGCAUAAACUACUAUGAAAUGUUCAAAAAGACCGAUAAAGGCAUAGUUGACCAGGUUUCCCGAGGCGAGAACAGGUACUCGUAUGAAGAAAAUGCUCAGAUGAUCAAGCUUUACUUCAGUGAAGGUUUGAGUAAGCAGAUGAACACCGGAAAGAAGAUGUCAUUUGGAGCAGAUAAACGAUGCGAAGAAUCGAUUCAAGCACUAAAAAAUCUAUACAAAUAA